CAAAUUUUUGUUAAAUAGAAUGAAUCAUCUUCAUCUAAGGAAAGGGUCAAGAUACACUUUAUUUUUCAGCUUACAACGAUUUACCUUUUUCCUAAUCUUCCUAUCCACCGUCGUUUCGUCUUAUUCACCAUCAAACCUCCACAAAACGCAGCGUUGUACAUCCUCCGGUAACAUCACCGAGCUCGUCGUCGCCACUUUAAACCAAACCAUCUCGAAGGUCAAUCUCUCGUCCUCCAACUUCUCCGAUCUUCAAAACCGUCUCGGCUCAAACAUUAGCCAUCGCGACCGUUGCGCAUUCCAAGACUGUCUCGAGCUAUUCGAUGACACCGUCUUUGAUCUCACAACUGCGAUCACGGAGCUCCGAUCUCCUUCUCCGGUGCUCCACGACGUCAAGAUGUUGCUUAGCGCCGCGAUGACGAAUACAGGAACUUGUCUCGAUGGCUUUUACUAUAGCGACGACGUCGAGAAUUCCAAUCGUGAUAACAAGACAUAUGGAGUGGCUGAGAGCAUGAAGGAGAGUCUUUUGAAUAUAUCUAGACACGUCAGAGAAUCACUAACUAUGCUUGAGAAUAUUCCGGGGAAUAUUCCGGGGAAGUUAGAGAAUAAUGUUGGAUUUCCGAUGUGGGUGUCAGGGAGUGACCGGAAAUUCCUUCAAGAUCCGGUGGGUGAGACUACGUUUAAUCUCGUGGUGGCUCAAAAUGGUACCGGAAACUUCACAACCAUCGGGGACGCCGUAUUGGCUGCUCCCAACUCGAGCGAAACCAGGUUUGUGAUCUAUAUAAAAUAUGGGGUAUAUGUCGAAAACAUUGAAAUACCGAGGGAAAAGACGAUGAUAAUCUUUGUUGGUGACGGAAUCGGACGGACAGUAAUAAAAGCUAACCGCAGCUCCGUAGAUGGAUGGACCGCAUUUGACUCUGCUACCGUUGGCGUGAGAGGUAGUGGCUUCAUAGCUAAGGACAUAUCAUUCGUGAACGACGCCGGGCCAACCAAACACCAAGCUGUGGCGUUACGAAGCAGCUCUGACCUCUCUGCUUUCUACCGAUGCAGCUUCGAAAGUUACCAAGACACCAUUUACGCCCACUCACACAAACAGUUCUAUCGAGAAUGUGAUAUAUAUGGCACGGUCGAUAUCAUAUUUGGUGACGCAUCCGUCGUAUUCCAAAAUUGUAGUCUCUAUGCUCGUAGACCAAAUCCUAAACAAGCUAUCACAUUCACCGCUCAAGGUCGAGAAGAUUCACGUCUACCUACUGGUAUAUCUAUAAUUCAUUCCAGGAUUUUGGCUGCGCAAGAUUUGAGUCCUGUGAAAGCUAGCUUUAAAGCAUACCUAGGUCGUCCAUGGCAGUUAUAUUCUAGGACUGUUAUCAUAAAAUCGUUUAUUGACGAUCUAGUAGAUCCUGCUGGAUGGAUGAAGUGGAAAGGCAAUUUUGCUCUUGACACUUUAUAUUAUGGAGAGUAUAUGAAUGAAGGACCCGGUUCGAACAUGACAAAUCGGGUGGAAUGGCCUGGUUUUAAGCGUAUUGAAACCGCUGUGGAAGCAACACAAUUCACCGUUGGUCCAUUUAUCGAAGCGUUCUUAUGGUCUGAGCUCCGCCUCCUCUCAUCUUCCGUUGGUGGCACACUCGCUGUGGCACUUGGUUUCUCUUUCGCUGGAGCCUCUAUUUUGGGUGUUGACCACUUUCCUCCUCCCCAAGAUCUUCUCGCUCCAUCUCCUCCGCGGUCUUCCCCUCUCGACCACUCUCCUCCACCGCCACCCGCACCUAAUGGCUUCUAUCCGCUGCGCGUGUUACACCCAGAUCCACCGGCCAGAUCUUCUCCGGCAGUGCAUCAGAAGGUCAAGCCAGAGGUAGCCGACGACGGCAACAAUCUUCCUCUGUUCAUUUUCUACCAUGUCUGGGAGUUAGAGGUAGCCAAUGAUGGCAACAAUCUUCCUCUGACGGUGCAAAAAAAGAUGAAGAAUCUAAAUAGAAAAACGUCAAAACUCAUAACUCUCAACUCACUACGAUUGACAUUACACCUAAUUUUCUUAUCUACCGUUGUUUCAUCUGAUUCACAAUCCACCGUCCAAAAAAUGCCGCAUUCAACCGAAAGCAGUAAAAUCACUGAGCUUGUCAUCGCUACUUUAGAUCAAACCAUCUUAAAGGUCAAUCUCUCUUCCUCCAACUUCUUCGACCUCCAAAACCGUCUCGGUCCAAACCUAUCUCACCGUGAUCGCUGCGCGUUCGAAGACUGUCUCGGUCUACUCGAUGACACCAUCUCCGAUCUCAAAACCGCAGUCUCCAAGCUCCGAUCUUCCACUAUUGGGUCAGACGACGUCAAUAUGUUGCUCAGCGACGCCAUGACGAACCAAGACACGUGUCUCGAUGGUUUCACAAGAGAUGACUACGGUCAUAGUAAUGAUAGGUCAUACAGAUUGGCUGAGAACUUGAAAGAGAGCAUCUUAAACAUCUCUAACAACCUCAGUAACUCUCUGGGUAUGCUUCAGAAUAUUCCGGGGAAUAACCAUUCCCUAGAACCAUCUGAGGUUGACGUUGAGUUUCCGAGUUGGAUCUCAGAGAAUGACAAGAGACUCCUUCAAGCUUCGCCGGGAGAGACCAAGUUUAAUCUCACGGUGGCUCAAGAUGGUACCCAAGACUUCACAACCAUCAGUGCUGCAGUCUCGGCCGCUCCUAACUCGAGCGAAACAAGGUUUAUGAUUUAUAUAAAAGGUGGGGUAUAUUUUGAAAACGUCGAAAUACCGAAGAAGAAGACAAUGAUAAUGUUGGUCGGAGACGGCAUCGGAAAAACAAUCAUAAAAGCAAACCGUAGCCGCGCUGAUGGAUGGUCAACAUUUCAGUCUGCUACCGUAGGCGUGAAAGGUGAAGGCUUCAUAGCUAAGGACAUAUCAUUCGUGAAUUUUGCCGGACCGAGCAAAUACCAGGCCGUGGCAUUUCGAAGCGGUUCCAAUCACUCUGCUUUUUAUCGAUGCGCAUUCGAAGGUUACCAAGACACUCUCUAUGCCCAUUCAGCCAGACAAUUCUAUAGAGAAUGCGAUAUAUUUGGUACGGUCGAUUUCAUAUUCGGUAACGCGGCUGUUGUGUUUCAGAACUGUAGUCUCUAUGCGCGUAGACCAAACCCUCAACAGAAAAUCACAUUCACCGCUCAGGGCCGGAAUUUCUCGAAUGAAGCAACAGGUAUAUCUAUAAUUCAUUGUAGAAUCUUGGCUGCGACUGAUUUGAUCCCUGUAAAAGCAAACUUCAAGGCGUAUUUGGGUCGACCAUGGAGACGAUUUUCUAGGACCAUCAUCAUGAAAUCGUUUAUUGACGAUCUGAUUGAUCCUGCGGGAUGGUUGGAGUGGGACAAAGAUUAUGCUGAAACUUUAUAUUAUGGAGAAUACAUGAAUGAAGGACCCGGUUCGAACAUGACAAACCGGGUGCAAUGGCCUGGUUAUACACGCAUGAAAUCCGCAAUGGAGGCAAUUCAAUUUACAGUCGGUCCAUUUAUUCAUGGUAACACAUGGCUUAAUUUAACCGGCAUCCCAUUUGAUCUUGGUUUGUAGUCGUUAUAUUUUGAUGAUAAUGAAGCAAAUUUGUUGUAACCACCAUAUUGGGUCGUAAACAUGGGAUCAAAGUCAUUUGGACUUAUAAAAUAAUCAACAUUCUAGAUAAGUUUUAUUAUUGUUGCAGGGCUGUGUGUAU